GGGAGUGUCGGAUUACUAAACGGCAUGUUGUUUAUACAGGAGGAUGUACUACCACAAGUAAUUACUUUGAAAAUCCGAAUCAAUGAUAUUCUGUGGAUGCGGAAUGAGGUAGGUUAUGCGCACGGUAAGCAUUCGUUAGCGCAAUGGAUUUACCCACGGAAUUCCGUUCUAUCUCCAUUGUUCUACGUCAAGCUAGAAAUGAAAACACCCAGCCCUCUCCGGAUUUACCCUACUCCUUCGACUUCAUCCUAA